AUGUCUUCUCGCAUUGUGUCCUCGUUCCCUGUCGGUCAGGUUCUUGUCGUAGAGGGGAUCGAACUCGAGAUACAAAAUAAGCUUGGUAGCGGAGCUUUUGGCGUGGUCUUCAAGGCAAGAGACUUACUUGCGAGUGAAACUGUCUUUUAUGCAUUGAAAGAUGUAGUGUGUUCGAAUUCGGCUUCAAUUGGCAAAGCAAUCAGCGAAGUGGAAACGCUUCGUCGUGUGAAGCACGAUUUUAUUGUAAAAAUUAUAGCUGCCGACCAGUAUGAAGACUCACGCGGUGGAUUUCACGUGCUGAUCUUAACGGAAUACUGUUCUGGUGGGAAUUUAAACGACAGGCUGUCGCAACCAAGCAGCGAGGAGAAAACUCUUAAAUGGCUUAGCCAAAUAGCGAGUGCGCUGAGCUAUUUGCACUCGCUUCAGAUCGUUCAUCGUGAUGUUAAACCAGACAACGUAAUGCUCACGGACUCAACAAGAGAGGACUUAAAACUUGGUGAUUUUGGUUUAGCGAGAGAGUUUCUUGCGUUGAAAAGAGUAGAAACACUGUCGGCUUCAAACUGUGGGUUGGCGCAAUAUUACAUGCAGUCAGGUACCGGCCCUGCUCAUUGGAUGGCUCCUGAGGUUUUCACAUGUCACUAUACGGAGAAAGCAGACAUCUUCUCCCUCGGUGUUCUAUUCAACGCAAUCCUUGUUCGAGACUUCGCUUACUCGGCUAACGAGAGGCGAUGGUACGGCGCAUUCGUGAAGGUUUCUGGUGGAGUAAAACUUGGCCUCGGGUAUGCGAUGGCAAUACUCGGUCCAGCGGCCAUGACCGAGUUCGUUCAUGAUCACAAGCUGAGCGAGGAGAAUGGAUUCCGAGGUUUGAUAAUAGAUACUCUGAAUUAUGUCCCGCAGGAAAGACCCAGAGCCGAAGAAAUUUACUACAGAAUUGAGGAAAUCGCCACAAAUAUCCGUCUGCAAUGGUCUGAUGAGGAGCAUAUCCACGACAAGCGUUCAAAAGGAAGGAAAGUGCGUAGGCCGAGAAUGAGGAACAAGUGCUUGAUUAGUUAG